AUGUCGUCAACGGGCAUUGAACAUGUGAACAGCUCGCUGGAAGAACAGCCCCUUCUGCGACGGGGCAAGAGAAGACUUCCGUCCUUGAAUGUCCAGCAUUGGCAUUCUCAUCCUUUUAGAGGUGAUCAAUGGAGUGUGAGAAGUACGAAAGAAAAGACUGCGCAGUUCCUCUCAUCGAAAGCUGGGCAUUAUUCUGUUCUGACGCUGGUGUCGCUUGACGUUCUUAGCAUGAUCGCUGACUUCAUUCUCAAUCUGUUCAAAUGUGAGCAAGGCAAGAAGGGCUCAGACUGGGACCUGGCACUGGAGAUACUCGGCUCUGUCAGUCUAGUGUUCUCAUGCCUAUUCGUCGUCGAACUCAUUGCCUCUGUCUGGGCAUUCGGCUGGAAAUACUUCAACUCUUGGUUCCAUUGCUUCGACGCCUUCAUCGUCAUCGCAGGCUUCAUCACAGAUGUCGCACUCCGCGGUAUCAUCGAGGAGGUCGCUUCUCUAAUUGUCGUCAUGCGGCUUUGGCGAGUGGUCAAGAUUAUAGAAGAACUUGGUGUUGGAGCUCAAGAGCAGACGGAAGAGUUGAACGUCAAGCUGGAGAAAUGUGAGAGCGAGAAUGAAGAUUUGAGAAGUGAGAUCUCAAGGUUGAAAGGAGCGAUGAGGAAGGCGGGUCUGGACCAGGAUAUUGGAGGUAGUAUGAACUGA